AUGGAAAGAUUAACAGCUACGGUUAAAAGCACUGAUAUGCAUGAAGAUAUACAACAAAAAGCUGUUGAAACAACUGCUACUGCAAUGGAGAAAUACACUGUUGAAAAAGAUAUUGCAGCUUAUAUUAAAAUGGAAUUUGAUAAAUAUUACCAUCCAACUUGGCAUUGUAUUGUAGGUAAACACUUUGGAAGUUAUGUAACACAUGAAGUAAACUGUUUCAUUUAUUUCUGUUUGAAAGAUGUGGCAAUACUCCUUUAUAAAUGUGGUUAA